GAUUAAACGACUGUCACUGUUGAUACUGAUGCUUCAGUUUACAGGAGCACUAAGCAGACAGCUUCACCUCAACUUCACUGUCAGAGAUGGAGAUGACGUCACUUUGUCUUGUGAAAAUGUGAUAAAUGAUCAUCGUAACUGUGUCAGUACAACCUGGUUCUUUGUUGGUUCAAGAAGCAGAGCAUCAGUAGAGCUGGUUGGUCUUGGACAGAUCAGAUCUGAACCAGACAGACUGAGAGUUACAACAAACUGUUCUCUGUUUAUAAAGAAGGUCACAGAUGAUGAUUCUGGUCGUUACACCUGCAGACAGUUUGACAAAUCAGGACAACAACAAGGUCCAGAUGCUCAGGUUGAUCUGUCUGUUGUAACCAUGACUGAACACAAUGACACUGAUAAGGUGAAUUUAACCUGCUCUGUGAGGACAAAUGAACCAUGUAGACAUUCAGUGAAGUGGCUGCACAAAAAUCAAGAAGUGGACAAAGAUAACAAGGAAUUAAUAACAUCACAGUCUUCCUGCUCUGCUUCUGUCAAGUUUCUGACUUCUCAUUUCAGUUACACAGAUAGAUAUGAACUGUUUAAGUGUCAAGUAACUACAGAGACUAAUGAAGUGAAGCUUUUUACCUUCAGCCGUCGUCCAUCAGGUGAGGACACAACAUCAUCAUCAACAACAACAACAACAACAACAACAUUACAAGGUGAGGACACAAAACCAACAACAUCAGCUCCAACCAAGGGCCCAUCAACAAUUAUGACAUAUGUGUGGUACAUCAUUGUUGCUGUGGUUUUUGUCGUCCUCUUAAUAAUUGUUGUGAAAGUCGUCAGAUGGAAGAGAAGUAAAGGAAACAAAACACCAGCUCAUGUUGCCCUGACAUCAAACCCUGCAGAGACCGAGUCUGCACCAGGAACCAGUCAGGACAUGGCUGAUCCUGAAGAUGGUGUUUCCUACGCCUCCAUCAGCUUCACCAAGAAAACCAACAGUAGAGACAAAGUUCAACGUAGAAUUGAUGAUGAUGACUGUGAUGCAGUGACCUACAGCACAGUGAACGUUCCCUCAGCUGAUCCCAGCAACCUCUACGCAACCAUCAACAAACCAAACAAAUAAGAGACACAUGUCACAGAUCAUCACUUCAUUUAACAUCGAUAAAUUAUCAGUUACAGUUCUUAAAGUUUUACUAUCAGCUUUUUAUUGGAUGGGAUGCAGUUAUUUUAUAACAUUGCUUUUUAUUUCUAACAUAGGCUGUCUUGUUACAGUUAGCUCCAGAAACAUUUAGACACUGAUGCAUUUGUUUUGUUCUGUUCACCAAGUUAUUAAGUUACAGUUGUGUAAUGUAUAUAUAGAAUGCAAUGCAGAAGUAACAUGAAGUAAUUCAUAUCCAAAUGUUCAGGAAUCACAGCUCUUUAAUAUUUAGUUUGAUUUGUUUAAGGUACCAAAAGUCACCUGACUCAAAGGGGUCAGGCUUAGAUUAACUCUACAUCACUGGGGUUAACUCUAACUCUAUUAUUUGGGGUUUGCUCUGUUUUAAUAGUAUCUUUGAUUCCUCUUUCAGUGCUAAUGUGUAACAUACUGUAUAAACAUGUAGUAUUGAAGUGUUUUAAUGCAGCAUCUGAACCUGAAGUAUACUUUAGUUUUUGCUUAUAUCGCACUGUAGGGGGCGCUGUACACUGUGUUCUCUGUUGGACCAGUGUAAGUGACUUCACUGCAGUGUGUUGUGUGUCUGCUCAGUAUUAAUAAGGUGUUCAUUGAUCUUUUUCCAUUUUCUUCAUGAUGUUUUAUUUGUAUUCUUUAAUAAACAUCUAACAGUUUGAAUCCUCA